GAGGUCAGGCACCGAGAUAGCCAACGCGCAGGUGUGUACAUAAUAAUAAUAUCUGAAUUGCUCAAUGUUCAACAUCGUUUCCCGUGUGACCGUUCAGACAGAUACACAGGUGCAUCUAUAUGGGUAUAUGGGUGGUCCGUAUCCCAAGCUGUCAGUCAUGCUGACAGUGAGCUAUACAGGUGCGUUGAAUGGCCAGUUACUAUAUGGCAAUCAUUCAUCAUAGAAACAUCCUAUAUAAACACCACCCCGAAUAUCAGAGCGUCAUUUCAGUUUCAACAGUCAGCAAGGAAAACAUGGAUUCAUCAAACGCACCAUUCACCUGUCCACAGUGCGGGAAAGGUUUUAAUAGAAAAGAUAACCUUUCCCGUCAUAUGCGAUCUGUUCACCAGGGUGAACGUUACGCGUGCGAGAAAUGCUCUAAAAGUUUUUCUUCCAAACAAAAACUAAACCAGCACAAGUGCGCUGCCUGCUCGCAACAACGCCUAUCGGAAUACCGUUGUAGCAAAUGCCCCGAGGUGUUCCCCUCUCCCCGUGACUUGGCCGUGCAUUUUCGACGGUGUCAUUCUAGCGGCGCAACACAGACGUCGCGUGAUGACGCACGGCCGUCUACCUCCAGUGCAGUACCGAUUAGUGGGGGGACAACCUCUACAAACCAGCCUACACCGUCCACCUCCUCGGGGCAGGUUGCAAGGGCGGGAAACUGUCGUGCUAGUGGAGCUCCCUCGUGUUCCCGCAUCGCAGCAUCGGAUGGUUGUACUACCUGCCGGACGUGUCAUAGGCGUUUCGAGGAUCGGUUGUCUCUCUACCGUCAUCAGAUGAUAGAGGGACACCGUGUCCUACCAUCGCAGUCCGGCGGGAGUAUGGAUACCGAUGCUGUUGGUAGUGAGCUCCAACCACGCCCAUGGGGAGAAGGUCCCGCCCCGUGGGUAGAGGAGAGCACUGGCAAGGUGACGGAGCCCGGACUCCAGGAAGCCUAUGACCUGGACGCUCCCUACAUCCUCGCGCGGGACCAACCCGGGGAGGUGUUUUCGACAUUCAACCUCCCCGUCAGCAACAACUUUUCGAUAGGUGAGUUGAUGGAACGCGCUAGGGGUAUCUAUCAAUCAUUAAGUUAUAGUUUUAGGUUCAAUCUAGCGUUCGGUGUCAUCCUGCGUCACGUGGAGACGGGACGCUAUCGCUAUUUCCAUCCUUACGCUGUCGAUCCGCUCUUUACUAGUCCUCUCUAUAUCACCGAGCUGAGGGAUCUCGAACGGUUGCGUCAGAGACUGGAAAGCUUAGAUGUGAUGUCUUAUCUAUUGAAACAACGCCCCGAUACCAAAUGGAAACCCGUUUUGAUCACGAAUAUACAGUUUUACGCGUACAGAAUGAAUUUUCCUUUAGGCCAUCCCCCUGUUGCUCUCCCCGAUUAUCUGAAACACCAUAAAGCUAUUAUCUGUUUACAUUAUAAUGCUAAUUCUGGUCGACGAUACGAGGACCAUUUAUGUGCUUUCCGGUGUCUGGCUCUGUAUCGAGAUCCAUCCGCUCGACCAUCACUAGAAAAGCCUACCAAAGCUCUUUACUAUCAGUGGGUCGCCUACACUCGGGACCAUCAUCUCCAAUCUUUGUAUCAAGUUCGUCCCGAAGAGUACGCGGGUCUCCCCCCUUCUCUCCUGUGUCACUUUGAAGCCUGUUUCCGUGUGAAUGUGAGCGUGUUCACUCUAGACGUGACGGGGAUAGCUCAACCCGUGUAUAAAUCUAGAGGGUUGUAUCAGGAACACAUGUACUUAAAUCAAUUCGAAAAUCACCUAUCCCUCAUUACCAAUAUGAACAUCUAUUGUAAACGCUACCAGUGUCCCACGUGCGAACGCCUCUUCCGGCGCAAAAUCAAAUGCAACGAACACCAACGUCGUUGCACGGCUCAAACGACUUUGCGGUUCCCGGGUGGUUUCCACCACACCCCAAAGACCGUGUUUGACGAGCUGGAAGAGUUCGAUUUCGUCGUCGAGCCUAGAGACAGAUAUUUCCCGUGGUUCGUGGUGUUCGAUUUUGAGUGUUUUUUGAAACCGAUGAAUACCGGAACCCAGAAACUGAGAUGGACGCAAGAACACCACCCCAUCUCGGUCAGCGUGUGUUCCAAUGUGGAAGGGUUUACUUCGCCGCACUGCAUCGUCGAUUCCGAUCCGGAUCGACUGAUUGCUGCCAUGUUGUCAUACAUGACGGAAAUAGGAGAAGCCGUAAACGAGCUAUCCAAAGAAAAAUAUAAAGGGGUGUUAGAACGCUUGCGCGAGUGGAUGCAAUUGUUGUCUGACGAGGACCAGGCGACUGUUGACGACGACGACGACGAUGAUGAUGAUGAUGAUGAUGUCAACGUCAGGAAGGGUGACAACCACCCCGCCAAAGGCAAGUCUACUCGCGCACACUCUACCCCCCUGGCUAAGUGGAGAAAGCACGUGAGCGAUCUCUGCGGGAAGCUUCUGGGGUACUGUUCUCAAGUCCCCGUCCUCGGUUUUAAUUCAGCUCGUUACGAUCUGAAUAUCAUUAAGGAAAAACUACCCAAACAUCUCUCUCUCGACGACGUCGAAUCUCAGGCUUUCACCGUCAAGAAAAACAAUGCUUACUUGUGUCAAAGUAAUCAAAGUUUCAAAUUUCUUGACGUCACGCAAUAUCUCUCUCCCGGAACGAGUUAUGCUCAGUUUCUGAAAGCAUUCGGAGUGCAAGAGAAAAAGGGAUUUUUCCCGUACGAGUAUCUCGACACUCCGGAUAAGUUAAACGAAACUCGGCUUCCCCCUCUGGGUGAGGCAUGGUAUUCCAGUCUCAAACAGAAGUCCGUCCUCGACGACGGUGUGAAAUCCAUCGAGGAAAAUUAUGCCGAGCUCGAGGAAGUUUGGAGACGGGAAGGCAUGUCCACGUUUCGAGAUUUCCUCGAGUGGUAUAACAAUCUGGACGUGGGUCCCUUUGUGGAAGCCGUACGAGCCAUGCAACGGUUUUAUUUCGAGGAUGGCAUCGACCUCUUUAAAACCACUAUGUCGGUACCCGGUGUGGCCCGUCAGAAACUAUUCCGGGAGAGUCGAAAGUUAGGGGUCUCCUUUGCUCUGUUCGAUAAACGCAACGAAGACCUCUAUCACACCGUGAAGGGUAACGUGGUCGGCGGUCCUUCUAUCAUAUUCACGAGGUACCACAAAGCCGAUCAAACGUUGAUUAGAGGCCAUCCCGAAAAACGGUGUAAAAGGGUGGUUGGGUAUGACGCGAACGCGUUAUACUUGUGGGCUAUAGAUCAGCCCAUGCCCACCGGUCCUUUCGUGCGUAGGAGAGCCGAGAAUCGAUUCAAGCCGGAACGCAGGGACAGGUACGCGUGCAUGUACGAUUGGAUGGAUUGGUUGAGGGAGCAGGAAGGGCGGGACAUUCGGCACAAGUUAAACUGGGGGCGGGAAAAACGAGUCGGGCCGUACUUGGUGGAUGGGUUCAUUCCCGGCUCCAUGACCGUAUUCGAGUUUCAUGGAUGCUAUUUCCACGGCCACCAUUGUCACCUCACGACGAAAGCGCGCGCUCAGGAAAAAUCAAGAGAACGAUUAGAACAAAAACUAAAGGCAACCAGAGCGCGCGCUGCUUACAUCCGUGAUCUGGGUUACACGGUCGUGGAAAUGUGGGAAUGUAACUUUCGCGCCGAGUGCAAAACUAAUUCCCAGCUCUCGUCCUUUAUUCGAGAUCGUCAACCACCUUUCACUCAAAAGAAGGCGUGGAAGAAGGUCUCGGAGCGGGACAUGUUGAACGCUGUGGAAAAGGGGGAACUUUUCGGCAUGGUGGAAGUGGACAUUCGCGUCCCCGACCACUGGAUGCCUGGACAGAACCCUCACGGCACUCGUCUCUCCCCGAAGGAGUACUUUCAAGAGAUGACUCCCUUGUUUUGCAAUGCAGAAGUUCCGUUCGAGAUUAUCGGGGAACACAUGCAGGGGUACAUCAGGGAAAACGACUUGAGUACAAAACCGCGCCGUAUGCUCGUUGGCGGGUUAAAGGCGCGGAAAAUCUUGAUCGCCACCCCUCUGUUGCAAUGGUAUUUACAGCACGGCAUGGUGGUCGAUCGCGUGUACCAAGUCGUCGAGUACACCCCGAACGCGUGUUUUCAGCAGUUCGUUCGGGACGUGUGCUCGGCCAGACGAGAAGCCGACCGAGAUCCCUCAGCAGCCAUUCGCGGGGAUACGGCUAAACUUACGGGCAACUCCGCGUACGGUUCGGUUUUGAUCAAUAAAGAAAAACAUCAGACCGUCUCGUACGUGUGUGGUCAAACGGCGGCUAGCACACAAGUCAAUUUCCCUCAAUUCAGGAAAUUGACGGAACUGGGCGGGGGUUAUUUCGAGGUGGAGAAAGCCAAGAAAGUCAUACGCCUCGAUACUCCCGUGCAGCUGGGGUAUUUCAUCCUGCAGUACGCCAAACUGCGCAUGCUUCAAUUUUACUACGAUUUCAUGGACGUGUACGUGGAUCGUAGCGAUUUUGAAUACAUGGAGAUGGACACGGACAGCGCUUACAUGGCCUUGAGCGCGAAAUGUCUGUCCGACGUCAUUAAACCCACCAAACAGUCGGCGUACCAGGACCAGUUGAAGGGGCUCUGUGGUGACCAUAACCCGGACGACAGCCACGUCACGCGUUGGUUUCCACGCAGUUGCUGUUCCGUCCACGCCCUUCACGACAAACGUACUCCGGGUUUAUUCAAACUCGAGUACGAAGGAGACGAGAUGAUCGGACUAUGUAGUAAAACGUACUUAGUCUCACAGUCCAGUCUCCAGCGAACGCCAAAGCCAACGCCGAGUUCGAGCGUACGUACAGCACAACGUUUACUACGCCGUGCUCGCCGCCGGCUCGGUCGCAACAAGCCCGUCAAUAACAAGGCCCGACGCCUCCGUUCAAGCACCCCUGUCGUCGGUCAUUUCGAACGCCGGGUAAAAUUCUCCUGUAAAGGCAUCUCGAAACGCACACUGAAAACACCACUAAGAGCGUUUAGAGAUGUUUUACGUACGCAAGUACCCGGCGAGGGGUUGAACAGAGGUUUCCGACUCAAGGGGAAUACCAUGUGUUCCUAUCAACAGACACGUCAGGGGUUGAGCUAUCUGUAUUGUAAACGUCGAGUGCUAGCCGAUGGCAUUCACACAGCCCCUCUAGACCUAGAGCUUUGUCCUUGGCCUUCCCGUGAUGACAGGUUGGAUGACACCGACACCUUUUUGGCCGAACUUUUAGAAAAUUUAGCAGAAAAUUAAACAAACAAAAUAAGUCCCAAGCGCGUUCCCUCAACUCCAGUAGUGUACAUAUUAUAGUUAUUUAUUUAUUUAUUAUUAUUAGAAGCAUAUUGUGAUAAACAUAUUGUGAUAAACAUAAGUAUUUCUAUCAAAAGUAUUCUCUUUACUACUUGUGAUAUUUUGGUUUCUCAAAUGUAUUUACAUGAAUAAAUCUAUGUUAUUUUUGAAA